AUGGCAAAGAACGACGAUUCGGCGCCGGAUCUGAAGAUUCUCGGCGACCAAAUCACCCUCCAGCCUAGCGGCUACGUCAAGCCAUCCCAACCACGCCAUGACGAGAAGGAGGAGGCUCUGAUGAAGCACAUGGCCCGCUUCCGCUCCGAACCCCUACAGUUCCUCCGCGAAGUCUCGCUGUACGUCUCCGGCACCGGCUGGCGCGCUUACGACAAUGCAAUCGGCCAACCCAUCUUCUACCCCGGCUUCAGUGAUAAGAUGAAGGAAGCUGUCCUGUCGGCUAAGUUGUUGCAGGAGCGCAUCGCAGAUCUGGCCGAGAAGCGUGUUGCCGUAGAAGAGAAGGAAGGGCUGUUGAACAAGCAAGACAAGGACUUCGACCUGAAGCGCGCGCGCAGACGAGCAGUCAUUGAGUCUGGCAUUCAAGAGGUGGCUGAGAAGAUGACGGACGACAUGAUUUGCAAGUUCGAAAGCAAGACAUUCAUCCGGAGCGCAUACUACCUCGUCACUCAGCUGACCCUGCGCGCUUACAACCAAGGCAUACACGUAUCCAGCGAGGAGGUUCUGAGGCUGCGUAAGGUCGCAGAGGAGGCCGAGAAGAAGAAGCAAAGCAUCAUAUUCCUGCCCUGCCAUCGAUCACACGUCGACUACGUCUCGCUCCAGCUCAUCUGCUACCGUCUGGGCCUGGGAUUGCCUGUCGUCGUGGCGGGAGACAACCUCAACUUUCCCCUCGUGGGGAGUUUCCUGCAGCAUGCCGGCGCCAUGUGGAUUCGGAGAGCCUUUGGCGACGACAUUCUGUACACGACCCUGGUGCAGACCUAUAUCGACACUUUGCUGCAGGGCGGCUUCAACUUCGAGUGCUUCAUCGAGGGCGGUCGGUCAAGGACGGGGAAGCUGUUGCCGCCAAAGUUCGGCAUCCUCAGCUUCAUCUUGGAUAGCAUCUUGUCUGGCCGAGUCGAGGACGCCAUCAUCUGCCCUGUGAGCACACAAUACGACAAGGUCAUCGAGACGGAAGGCUACGUGACGGAGCUGUUAGGCGUGCCCAAAAAGAAGGAGAACUUGGCUGAUUUUCUAUCGGGCGGCUCCUCGGUGUUGUCCUUGCGGCUCGGUAGAGUCGACGUCAGGUUCCAUGAGCCCUGGAGCUUGCGCGGCUUCGUCAACGAGCAGCUCACGAGGCUGUCCAGGUUACCGACCGGUCUCAGCAUGGACACGCGGAACCCCGAAAACACGGCCAUCCGCCACAAGCUCCUUCGUAUUCUGGGCUACAAGGUCCUGUCCGACAUCAACGACGUCUCCGUGGUCAUGCCCACAGCCUUGAUCGGCACCGUCCUGCUCACCUUGCGAGGCAGAGGCGUCGGAAAGACCGAGCUUGAGCGUCGCGUGAUGUGGCUAACCGAUCGCGUGCGUGCAAAGGGUGGCAGAGUCGCCCAUUUUGGUAACGCACCACUGUCCGAUAUCAUCGAGCGUGGUCUCGACGUCUUGGGUAAAGACUUGGUGGGCGUCGUAAAAGACCUGCCAGAACCCACCUACUACGCCGUCGACCGCUUCCAGCUUUCCUUCUACCGCAACAUGACUAUUCAUCUGUUCAUCUCGGAGGCUAUUGUGAGCGCUGCCAUGUACAUGAAGGUCAAGCAGGGCGGCGGCCCAGCCAUGCAAGAUAUCUCGUUCCAAGAACUUCAGGAUCAGAUUCAGUUCUUGUCGUCUUUGUUCCGUGGGGAAUUCAUCUUCCCCAGCGAAGGUCUUGCCGCUAACCUGGAAAAGACUCUGCGAGACUUGGAGGCAGACAAGGUCUUGAAGCUACACCGGGACGCUCAAGGCAAGGUUGUCGUGGUUGGUCUUUCGGAUCACGAGAGGGUCGUCGGACGAGAGAACUACGAUUUUUACUGCUUCCUCAUUUGGCCGUUUAUCGAGGCUAGUUGGCUCGCGGCAGUCUCUCUGAUGGGCCUGACGCCACCUCUUGGCCAGAAGGACGACAUCUGGAUCGAGGUGGCAAAGGCCCAAGGCAGCGCGCAACUGCUCGGCAAGACACUCUACCAUCAAGGCGACCUCAGCUACUUUGAGGCGGUAAACAAGGAGACGCUGAAAAACGCCUUCCAGCGGUUCGAGGAAGAAGGCAUUCUGCAGGUUGUCAAGUCCAAGGACCCCAAGGUCCCUCCGCGCCUGCGUCUCGAUCCCGAGUGGCGCCCUUCCCGCGAUCCCGAAACCGGCAGUCUGAACGCCUCUGGUCGGCUCUGGGACUUCACCGAGAAGAUCGCCUCGAGCCGACGAGAGGGCAAGAACCGUCGUGACGGGGCCACCGUCAGCACCCGUGUGCUGCGCCUGACGGACCUGCUGGGAAGCAAGCUGUUCGAUUCCGCCAGGAACAUUGACGGUAAGGGCGUGUCGCCGACGCUGAGCAUCGAGGAUGCGCGGCAGCUCAAGCGGAGCAUCAAGGAGCAGAGAAAGCGCCGGUCGUUGGAGAACCGCGCGCACUUGUAA